AAGUGAAGCGGUCUAAAUACUUUCCAAAUACACAGUAUGAUUAAAUUGCUAAUUAUAUUUAGUUGGAAAAAAGAUCCAUAAUUUCAUCAAAUUCACAUUGACAAUUCGGUCAUUAGCAAGCAGUUAGUCUAAAAUCGAUAAAAUGCUAAUGUUAGCUUGCUGAAAAACAGUGGUAUUCCAUCUGUUCGCUAGCUGUCAACAGGAAAUGCAUUUGUAGACGCACAACUUAAUCUAGACAGGUCAGGUCUACGUGUUUGUGAGUUUAAAUUGUUUCUUUUCUAAACAAGUUUGAAAAUAUAGAGUUAGGUUUAAUAAUGGAAUAAAAUAAACAACUACAGCAACAACAAUCACAAAGAAGAAGAGGAAAAGAACAAGAACACAAAGUAUGACAACUAUAUGGUCAGACGUCGUCUGUUGCGAGUCCGAUUAAUAAACAUACAACACUUCUAAACAGGAAAUGCCAAAGUGACCAUUUUCCUGUAGAACGGAUUCCCGGAAGAGAAGUUUCGUCGAUGAUGAUGAUAAUGAUGAUGAUGUGCUGAAUCAGCCUACUUCUCGAAAUGACGGGCCAGUUUUCAGUACCAGGUGCUCAUCAGGAGGUGGAUCGCCCCCUCCGUCAGUAGGAAUGCCGGGCAGAGUGGACUACGGGGAGCUUGGGGGGAGCCUUCCUGCCAUUGCCUCCCUGAACGCGUCCUACUCCACCACCGCCUCCGCCCCCUCUACCCAUUACCUGGUCAGGCCCCCUGCCAGUAGGCGGGUCAUCUCUGACGUCCGCCGCACCUUUUGUCUGUUUGUCACCUUUGACCUCCUCUUCAUCGCCCUGCUGUGGAUCAUUGAGUUGAAUAUCUCCAACUCCAUUUGGCAUAGCUUGGAACUCGAGGUUGUCACAUACAACUUUAAGUCCUCCUUCUUUGACAUCUUUCUCCUUGCCUUGUUUCGGUUCCUGUGUCUUCAGUUGGGUUAUGCUGCUCUCCGUUUGAGGCACUGGUGGGUCAUUGCGAUCACCACCCUAGUGACCAGCUCUUUCCUGGUAGUCAAAGUGAUCCUCUCCAAUCUGCUAUCCCAGAAUGCCUUUGGCUACGUGUUGCCCAUCACAUCGUUCGUGGUGGCAUGGCUGGAGACGUGGUUCUUGGACUUCAAGGUGCUCACGGUCGAGGCUGAGGAGGAGAGAGCCUUCCUGGCAGCAGUCAACGCAGCAUCCGAGCACGCUCCCAUGAUCUACCCCCGCGCUGUGUCCGAGGGACAGUUUUACUCUCCCCCCGAAUCUCUCGCCGGGUCUGAGGACGACCUGGAUGAGGAGGGCCUGGGUCGAAGGGCAGUCUCCCCUCAGGAGAAGGAGCUGGUUAGGCAGGGUAAAGAGGCCAUGGCUGUGGUGGAACAGAUCCUGGCCCAGGAGGAGAACUGGAAGUUUGAAAAGAACAAUGAUAUGGGCGAUUCUGUUUACACACUGGAGAUUCCGUUCCAUGGAAAGACCUUCAUUCUUAAGGCCUUUAUGCAGUGUCCAGCAGAACUGGUGUACCAGGAGGCCAUCCUGCAGCCAGAGAAGAUGGCUCAGUGGAACAAAACAAUUUCUGGCUGCCAGAUCCUCCAGAGGGUGGACGACAACACACUGGUGUCAUACGACGUCUCUGCCGGGGCAGCAGGGGGGGUGGUGUCAGCCAGGGACUUUGUGAAUGUGCGGCGGGUGGAGCGCAAGCGAGACUGCUACAUCUCUGCUGGCAUGGCAACCGAACAUGACGGCAAACCUCCGCACAGUCGCUACGUCAGGGGUGAGAAUGGUCCGGGCGGGUUUGUGGUCCUCAAGUCCAGCAGUAACCCCUCAGUCUGCACCUUUAUCUGGGUCCUUAACACAGACCUCAAGGGUCGGCUGCCUCGCUACCUCAUCCACCAGAGUCUGGCUGCCACCAUGUUUGAGUUCAUGGCCCACCUACGCCAGCGCAUGUCUGACCUGCGCUCCAACCGCUAGACCGCCACCUGCGGGACGGACGCCUGCCACCUGCAGGUCUGGAGGUUUCACUGCAGCUUCUCAGGAACACCUGCCAUGCACUUAGCAGGUGACCUGAGACGAUGGUUGACAUGAGACCUACUUUGACUUAGACAGGCGUGCACAGCACCAGGGACUGGAGGACGGUGUGACCCCCCCACGUUCUUCACUCCUUUAGGGGGGAGGGAGUCUGGGCUGUCAGAGGAAAUGCUCCUCCCUGACAUUUUAAACACAGUUACACACAUUUCCUGUAGCCUUCCUGCUGUCCCUGUGUUCCCCGUGCUGUCUGCAUCUCCCUCCAGCCACGGAGUCCAGCCGUCUAAUGGAGGUGGCUUUUGGACUUUAGUUGGCCAGACUUGACAAACAUGAAGGAUGUCCUUUUUUUUUUUUACUACAUUCGUUUGUUUUUUCCCCCUUUCUCACCAAGAACUGGUGCAAUGACUGGUUUGGCUGCGUCGGAUGGCUAAAUCCAUGCCUUAUUCUACCGCACUCACACUUGUGGUUAACCACUGAGUGGCUGCGGAUGAGCCUUUGUCUUAUUUUUCACUGUGUUUCUCGGGUAACGGCUACAUCAUGAACAAACACUGAGCAGUUGGAAGUCAAUGAAUACGGUGACACGUCCCUUUUUUCAUCGUUUACGCUCACUAUGAAGAGGAGUGCCGGGUGCUGUGGUCUUCCCACCACUAGAGGGCGGCACCACCACCUGUUUGCUGAGAACAGGAGACAACUUUCCAAAUGGAGCUCAUGGAGGCUUUUCUUGAGUUUUCGGUUGAUCAUAGCUUCCUGAAGAGAUACAGAAACUCUACUCCUCUGUGCCAAGCCUUUUAGUGGCCUUUUUUGCUGGAGGGAAGUGAACUACUUCGGCAAAAUGCUUCACAAUCGCAGACAAUUCUAACUGUUCUGAUCACCUCCUUUUUGAAUAAGCCUUUACUGAAGACCGAUGGAAAUGUGGAA